UCUGGGGGCGGUGGGAGGGAGCUAGGGCCCAUUGCGAGCGCGACCCCGAGGGUGCCGCCGGGGGUGGGGAGAGGACGGCCAGACUGCGAGAGAUCAGCGAGAGGCAGCAACUGAGCAGGCAGCGUGGAGGCUGCUGCUGCGGCGGCGGCGGGACCGGGGAUGAUGCAGUCAGAGGCGGCGGCGGUAGCUACAGCAGCAUCUCUCCGCCGCCGCCUCCGCCUGCACAGCCUUCAGUGGCCAGCGAGGCCGCGGCUGCAGAGCCACUGAGGCCCCGGAGCCGCCUCUGCUGCAACUCCGCCGCUGUUCCUGGCGUGGGGUUGACAGCAGGGUAGCGGAGACAGACUAGGAGCAGAUGCGGAGCGGAGGAAGAGAAAGAAUUGCUGGAAAUUCAUGUUAUCUGCCAGGAGUGCUUCAUUCCAGUUGACAAGCAAGGGGCACCCUUCAAAGUUUUGAGACCUGAACAGACUUCAGAAAAGAAGACACAUAAGGCAGUUUUUGCUGGAUUCAGGAGAAAUUCCAAAAGCUAGAACCCUGGUCUUGGGACAUGAAGUGAUGAACUAUGAACUUGGGUCUCAGCAGGUCCAGAUGGCCUCUAAGGUCCUUUCUGACUCUCAGGUUUUGUGAUUCGUUGUGUUUCUUCCAUAAAGGAAGCUGUGUUUUCCAGGAAGAACCAGAAGUUAUAUGGCUCACGUUUGACAACAUGCACCACCAGUGGCUUCUGUUAGCUGCGUGCUUUUGGGUGAUUUUCAUGUUUAUGGUUGCCAGCAAGUUCAUCACUUUAACCUUUAAAGACCCAGAUGCGUAUGGUGCCAAGCAAGAGUUCCCAUUCCUGACAACUAUACCAGAAUUAGAAAAGUGGAGAGAAGAGAAACACUUGCCUAAAGAACUAAAGCCAACUGGAAAAGUGCUUUCUGGAAACCGGCUUAACCAACCCUUGGUCCACAUGGAGCGUCUGGAACUGCUCAAAAAUGUCUGCCGGGAUGCGGCUCUGAGGAAUCUCUCACACACUGCCGUCUCAAAGUUUGUCUUAGAUCGAAUAUUUGUCUGUGACAAACACAAGAUUCUCUUCUGUCAGACUCCCAAAGUGGGCAAUACACAGUGGAAAAAAGUUCUGAUUGUUUUAAAUGGAGUUUUUCCUUCCAUUGAAGAGAUCCCAGAAAAUGUGGUACAUGACCAUGAAAAAAAUGGCCUGCCACGUUUGUCUUCAUUCAGUGACUCUGAAAUUCAGAAACGCUUGAAAUCAUACUUCAAAUUUUUUAUCGUAAGAGAUCCCUUUGAAAGACUCAUUUCUGCUUUUAAGGACAAGUUUGUACAUAAUCCUAGGUUUGAGCCUUGGUAUCGGCAUGAGAUCGCUCCUGGCAUCAUUAGAAAAUAUAGAAGGAAUCGAACAGAAACCAGGGGUCUUCAGUUUGAGGACUUUGUGCGUUACCUGGGGGACCCAAACCAUAGAUGGUUAGAUCUUCAGUUUGGGGACCACAUCAUUCAUUGGGUAACGUAUGUAGAACUCUGCGCACCCUGUGAAAUAAACUACAGUGUGAUUGGACAUCAUGAGACGUUGGAGGAAGAUGCUCCAUAUAUCCUGAAGGAAGCUGGGAUUGAUCAUCUAGUAUCUUACCCCACAAUUCCACCAGGCAUUACUGCGUAUAACAAGACCAAGGUGGAACGCUACUUUUUGGGAGUAAGCAAAAGAGACAUACGCCGUCUCUAUGCACGUUUUGAAGGAGACUUUAAACUCUUUGGGUAUCAGAAGCCAGAUUUUUUGCUAAACUGAUGCUUGGGACCUAUGAAGAGAGAAGUGUCUUCCUUAAACCAAGGGAUAUCCAGCUGUGUAUCUGAACCCAGAACUGGUUUCCUGAACCGCACUUUCAUUUUCUAAAAUUCCCAAGUGAUAACCAUUGGCCGGUUGUUAACUCUUUGGCAUGUGAAAUGGAACCCCUCUUAGUAACCAUCCUUCAUUUGUGCAUAGGGGGCAUUGAGUGGCACCAUGGUAACCAGGACAUCCCUGGCCUUCCAUUCCUCCAGGAACAAAAAAACGAAUUUAAUCUGCAAGGCGGGGAGUGGGGCUUGAGGAGAAUAAUACAAUUUUAAGAGUGGUUUUGGACAGCAAUCAAAGAGAAAGACUUAAUCGCUAAUGAAUUAAUGCACUGUAGGUGGAAUUGUCAUUUGUGAGUUGCCAGUAAUGGUACCUAGUGCUGACAGGAAGAAUAGAAAAGCUAACAGGCUGUGAAAAUUGUAAAGACUAAAAUUAUACCUCUGGGUUUCAUUUUUUUCUUUUUAC